AAAUUUCAAACUUAAAUCCGUUCAACCAAGUUCAACGUACAUACAUCAACGACGGAUGCUAAGCUUUUUCUCCCUCUGAAAAGUGAAUAUUUUAUUCAGAUCUAUUUUUUUAUAUAACAAGACAGUUAUUCAACGCGAAUGGACGUAAAUUGUUUACAAUAGUUUACUGUGACUUUCUUCCAAAGAAUUAUUUUGUACAUUAAUUACACUUUAAUAUGAUGGACAAUUGUUAUGCACCACAAUGGGCAGAUUUUGCUGGUAGCCCACAGUUAUCCUCUGACAGUUAUUUCGAGGUGGAGCAUGAAGUUCACAGUGCUCGAAUAGAUUUGAAGUCGAAUUUAAAAUGUGAUUUAUCCUUACCAUGUAAGGAAGAAAACAUUGAGGAAUCAUUGGAUGCAGAGACUAAUUUCGAUGACAGUUUAGAACCCACACAAGGUCCACGCUCUAACAUAGCAUUCUUCAUAAUGCAUAAUAAUAAAAAACAAAAAGAGACAAAUAAUGAUAACAUAAAAAAGGAUAUAAAACCAUUGAAAUUUGAUGAACGUUAUGCAUGGGAUGUUUCUAUGACAGGCUUAACAUCUAAGACUAAAACAGCAGUGGUACCACAGAGGCUUAAAGCAGCAGCUUUAAGUAAAGAGAUUAGAAAGAAUACCUGUGUAAUGGAAAUGAAAAACAAUAUCCUUUGUAAACCUGCGCAGAAAGCUCAACGGAGACAGUCUGAUCAAUUUAAAACUAAACAACCACAACGAAAGGUUCUUACAUGUCAAUAUCGUAGACGAAGUUUGAUGAAGUACCAUAGACGUUCGAGACAAUUUGUGAGUAUGGCACAGGCCAUUUCCAAAUUCCAAAAUGAAACACCUGAACGAUUUCAUACUACCAGCAACAAGGAUUUAAAACUAGGUCCUUCAGUGAAAUCGAAACAACCCCCGCUGAAAUUGACUCAUCCAGUUUCUCCUACAUUAAGAUGCAAACAAAGAGUACGGCGUACAAAUAUCUUGAGUCAAGAAGAACGCGAAGCUUUGGAAAUGGAAGAGAUGAAGAAGUUUCAAAUAAAGGCAAAUCCUGUACCGGUUAAUAUUUUAAAAAAACCGUCUGCGUUAAAAAAGGUUGCAAAAAAACUGAAUACUGUUACAGAGGAAUUUAAUCUAACUAGUAAUUCAAAAAAUACACAUCACGCAAUGGUUCCACAAUUGCCUCAGCAGUGUAAUAAUGAAAAGAUUCAUAAGAACACUGUAUCGAUAAAUCGUUUUUCGAGUGUAUCGAUUCUUCGAAAAAACGAUAAACAACAGACUCAAACAAAUGUUAAACCAAUAAUUGACUCUACAAGUACCUUGAUUGUUAAAAAAGAUAAUAAAGAACAGACUCGUAAGAACCCUAAAACCACGGGUGGUUCUAUCAGUGCCUCGACUGUUAGAAAGAACGAGGAACAGACUUCCAAAAACACUAAAUCAAUGAGUUAUUCCCUAAGUGCUUCAAACAUUACUAAACAAGCAGAUAAAGAGGAAACACAGAAAAAUAGUGGACCAAUCAGUCGUUCUCUCAGUGCCUCAAAUGUCAGAAAAAUAAUUAAAGAACAAACAAAUAAAUACUUUAUACCAAAUUGUCACUCUACUAAUGCCUCCAGUAUUGCCUUAAAUAAUACUAUGAAACCAGUGAUGACUGUCUUGCCAUUCAGUUUUGAAGCACGUAACAAAGAAUUUCAGUUAAAAAAAGAGGAGAAAUUAAAGAAUCUACAAAUGCAAGAAACGAUUAAACUCAAAUCAGAGUUUCAUGCAAAACCCUUACCAAAAUUUUCCAAGUCAACAAAUAUUGUUAAGGAAAUUGUGACAAAGAAACGCACAGUAGUCCCGUGUCCCUUUAGUUUUGCAGAAAGGGACAAAUACUUGGCUAAAAAGAAAGAAGAACUUGUGAAUAAAAUACAGGAGAAUGAUAAAAAAGUCCCUGUGUUUCACGCGAAUCCUGCUCCAACUUUUAAACCAGUAGUAAUAAAUAGUGUAUUCAAAGAGAAAAGUUUGAACAAGAAUUCCAUGACGAAACAAGUGAAAAAUCCUAUCGAUCAAGAGAAUAAGCAGCCAAAUAUUGUUACAAAUAUAAAUGAUCAAAAAAAUAAAAUGGUAAAGCAAUGUGCGAAUAAUGAGACGCACAAGAAGCCGUUCAAAAGCACCAAUGACAAUAACGAAAUUGUGAAAGCCAAUCAAAAGAAAAGUCUGUUCAAAUUAAACACUGACAAAAGAACGAAAGGUCGAAAUGAUUUUGAUGAGAAGCUGAAAAAGAGAGAACAAGAAAUGGAAGCGAAACGGCAGCAUGAAGAAAAACAAAAAUUGCUAAAAGAAAAAUCUGAAAGAGCCGAAUUACGGAAAUUUGCAGAAGUGAAAGCGACACCGAUCCCCGUUUACAAGCCCAUGGUUAUACUAAAAUCUCCUAAACCGCCAACCAGCCCCAAAGAUCCUAAGUGGACAAGUAAGAACAGACUAAAAAGUACGUGCCAAGUUUGAGCUUUUAAAGUAUAUAUCUCUAUGAUCGCACUAAGUAAAUCUAGUGAAUAUAUUGCCAACAUAUUCUUGUAUAAAAUGGUAUUAUAUGUCAGACAGUAUUUCACAGGUACUCUUUUUAUACAGGGUGUUCAUGCUAAUGCAUUGCUUUUUUGAGUAAUAAAUGAUGUGAUGUCCCUCUCCCUCUUUGUGCUGUGUUCUUUGACGUUAGCACCCUGUAUAGGAUAGUGCAAUGAAGCUUUGGAUUUAUAUAUAGAAUAUAUGUUCUUUAUGCUGUAUUUUUGUUCGUAAUCUAAACUCUUAGAAAAAUAUUGCAUGUAAUCGUUCGCAUUGUUUUUUACAACAUAUAAGUGAAAUAAAUAUUUUUGAAAAGAUUACAGGGAAUUACAUAUUGCAUUCAAAUGAAAUCAGUCAUCCUUAACAAAAACAACUUGUUAAAAAACACGACAGAUUUUGUAAUAAUUAUUUCACUGUUAUUUUAUUAAAUCGCCUUACAAUAAAUUUUUCAUAGUAA